UCCGCCUCCCCGCGGUUUUCGGUCGGUCUCGUGACGUCAGCACGGGAGGAGGUUGCGCCAUUUUGAAAUUGGAAGGUGAGAGAGAGGAGUAGAUGACUGGAAAAUAGGGAGUGUGAAUGAUAGAUAGUGCAGGCUUGGCUAAGCUGAAGACCGGGAGACGAAGUGGCAGGGAAAUAAACCUGACCCGUAGAUUUUAAUUCUUUUUUUUGUUUUGUUUUCGCGAUCUUCAUCCAUCCUCUGCGAAAUUCCCGUUGCACACGCCCAAGCCCGGCAAAAUUUGCAAGACUUGGGCCCGCGGUAGAGAUUCACUCUCUCACCAUGGCAGGGGCCAGUGGUGGGACCGGCGACGUGCAGUGGUGUCUGUCGCAGGUGAAGGGGGCCAUUGACGACGAUGUGGCUGAAGCUGACAUCAUCUCCACGGUGGAGUUCAACCACUCCGGGGAGCUUCUCGCCACAGGGGACAAGGGCGGCAGGGUCGUCAUCUUUCAGCAGGAGCUGGAGAACAAGAGCCAGCCUCAGUCGCGGGGCGAGUACAAUGUCUACAGCACCUUUCAGAGUCACGAGCCCGAGUUUGACUAUCUGAAGAGCCUGGAGAUCGAGGAGAAGAUCAACAAGAUCCGUUGGCUUCCUCAGAAGAACGCCGCCCACUUCUUGCUGUCCACAAACGAUAAGACCAUCAAGCUGUGGAAGAUCAGUGAACGUGACAAGAGGCCAGAGGGCUACAACCUGAAGGAGGAUGACGGGCGCUACAGGGACCCCUCCACGGUGACCACAUUAAGGGUGCCGGUGUUCCGCCCCAUGGACCUGAUGGUGGAGGCCAGUCCUCGACGUGUCUUCGCCAACGCCCACACCUACCACAUCAACUCCAUCUCCGUCAACAGCGACUGCGAGACCUACCUGUCGGCCGACGACCUCCGCGUUAACCUGUGGCACCUGGAGAUCACGGACCGCAGCUUCAACAUUGUGGACAUCAAGCCAGCCAACAUGGAGGAGCUGACGGAGGUGAUCACUGCAGCGGAGUUCCACCCCAGCCACUGCAACACCUUUGUCUACAGCAGCAGCAAAGGCACCAUUCGGCUGUGUGACAUGCGUGCCUCAGCCCUGUGUGACAAGCACUCCAAACUGUUUGAGGAGCCUGAAGACCCCAGCAACCGCUCCUUCUUUUCUGAGAUCAUUUCCUCCAUUUCCGACGUCAAGUUCAGCCACAACGGGCGUUACAUGAUGACCCGCGACUACCUGUCAGUGAAGAUCUGGGACCUGAACAUGGAGACGCGGCCAGUGGAGACCUACCAGGUGCACGAGUACCUGAGAAGCAAGCUAUGCUCUCUCUACGAGAACGACUGCAUCUUUGACAAGUUCGAGUGCUGCUGGAAUGGGAAGGACAGCGUGGUCAUGACUGGCUCGUACAACAACUUCUUCCGAAUGUUCGACCGCGGCCAGCGGCGGGACGUGACCCUGGAGGCGUCGCGGGAGAGCAGCAAGCCGCGCGCGGUGCUGAAGCCGCGCCGUGUGUGUGCGGGCGGCAAGCGCAAGAAGGACGAGAUCAGCGUGGACAGCCUGGACUUCAACAAGAAGAUCCUGCACACAGCCUGGCACCCACAGGACAACAUCAUUGCCGUGGCAACCACCAACAACCUCUACAUUUUCCAGGACAAGCUGAACUAGACCCGGCAUCCCACUCUACAGCAGCCUCCUCCUGUCUCUGUUCCCAGUAGUACACUGGACAUUGUGCGCCACUAGAAGACCCUGUUUUGGUGGGAUGCCCCCCUCCCCAGCUCCCUUCCCCCCUGCUCUAAAGGGAACAUAGAUAUCAGUGUCAGGGUUUUUUUUUUUAAUUUUUUUUUUUAACCCAAGCCUUUCAAUGGAGUAUUGUGCUAUAGUCCUCUAGGCUUCUUGAGUUUCAUCAGUGCCAUUUAUAAUUUGUGAACAUGUCCUCCACUCUGCUCUUAGUCCCGACAGGUCAGUGACGGGAUAUGAAAGCUCCAUCCCACCUCCACUUAUCCCCUCCCCUCAUAAUUGGAGGAGCUGAUGCUGUUGCCAUAAUUGUUACCCUGGCCCUCAUAGUCAUUCUUAUUCGCCCACCACCACCUCGUUACAAUUUUUGAUUGGUGGAUAAAGUCUGAAUAGGCAGUACCACUAUCGCCAUGGCGACGGUGGACUCCAUCUGCAGGAUCGAUGGUCUGACGAAGGCCGCUACCAGGUCGGUGGGCUGAUCAGUAUCACCAGCAGGCAUGCCGCCCAAUCCCCCCCGCAACCCCCCACCCCCCCAGUGUCCGCAGCCCAGCGGGGACACGCCUCCUCAGAAGGGGCGGCACCCGGGCCCUGCAGUGGACAGCCACUCUCUAGCCUGCCGUCAUUUGCCAUUACAGCGUGACAUAGAACAUGGAGAUGACCAUCUGCAAACAAGCAUCAUAUUUGUGAAUUUGUACAAAUGAAUUGCAGUCAUUAGUGGAUUUUCCCAUUCUGUCCUCAGUCGGUUCUUACUUAAUGAUUUGUACAGCAGUAAUCACUAUAGUUUUAUUUUUGUAUUACGCAAAUCGUUUAGCAUAAUACCCUCAUCUACCCUUCCAUGUCCUGUCCAGUCUAGUCACUGUUCUUUAUUUGACAGCUGUUAGAUCUCAGGCAAGAUUUUUAGCUGUACUCAUGGAUGCUAUCAGAGCGGCCUGGUGGGGUUGGAUUUCAGGGAGGGAAGUUUAAGGGGGGGGGGGACCACACCCUACUCGUAUUUGGUCUCACCCGGUGUCCCCAAAUCUGUCCUUGGGACUGCCGGCCAAGAACCUUCAAGUAACUGUACUAGGAGAAGUGUGUUGAAAUUUGGAAAGGUGUCCAUUGCUUAAGAAUUCUCCAGAAAGAUUUAGUCAUGCCAGUAGCACGCCUGUAACUGACAGGGGCUGGUUGGUUUGACUGGUGGGUCAGUUUACACUACCUGUGGUUUUCUGCACAUUUGUUCAGCAUGGCUGUUACGAGGGAGAAUGUGUGUGUUUCCAUAAAUACUGUCAUCUAGUUCUGUUUUGGUCCCAUUGGGCGGGAAACAAAAUCUUAACUGUAACGAUCACAGUUAGUUCUGACAUCUCCUGAAAAGUGUGUCACACUCCAGUUUCUUACCUUGAAAAGUGGAGAUGUGCGGUUUUGCCAACAGGAAGACCAAAAUAUUGUGUACUUAAGGGAGAUUUUUUUUUUUCCUCUUUCCAGUAAGCACUGAUUGAAUGUGAGUUCUCCAACAAACUGGAAUAUCUUGAAGUCAAGUAAUGCACUUAGUUUUAAGCACAUAGAAACCCCCAAAGACUGAAUCUUCAUUCUGCAUGUUUCUUCAGGGUGGGAUUGAGAUCUUCCUGGCAUUUGGGAAGCAUACUGUGUACUAUGUUCCUGUCUGGUUAAAUGGCAUUAAGGUUUGACUGUCUUAGAGCAGUGUUUCUGAAGCCGGUCCUUGGGACCCCCCCCAGACAGUUUACAUUUUGCUCCCUCCCAGCUCUCUACUGUUUGCAAAAAUGUGGGCUCUCUGUGGGUCCCCGAGUGCCGGUUUUAGAAACAUUUAGUGUCUUGCUGAAUCGUUGCCAAUGUGGGCUAUACCCCCCCCCUCCCCCCCCCAAGUAACGUUUUAAGGAAAUUGAGGAGAAAUCCAUUGUUUUAUACUGGUUGUAAGUCAGUGGGUGAUGUCAUUUUGGAAUGCCAUCUCCAUGAAAGCAAAGUGUUUUUAAUAAUGUUUAUCUGCAAAGAUUAAUGCAAAAACUUCAGCUUUAAGUGCUUGCACAACAGAUACAUGUAUUCUGUGGGAGCAAGCUUAUAUGUCGGUGAAAUUUAACAACGCGGUCAGAAGUGUUGUGAUGCAUUUGUGUGCUACGGUUUAAACUACAAUCUCAUUUUGAAAACGUUGCAUUCCACUAGCAAAGGGUGAGUUAGUAAUUUUUUUUUUUCCCCCUCAGAUUCUGUAUUGUUCGUCUCAGUUCUGUUAAUUUGUACAAUUUUUUUAAGCUGCAUUGAGGAUGAUGUGAGUUUUCUAGCCUGCUUGAUUUUAGUGUUAUCCUUGAACCUUCAUAGUAGAUUCCACGCAUCUGCUGCGAGAACCUCUGCAAAGUUUUACAUUGAGGUUCUGGAGACUAGAGGUCAACUACUUCAACUACUACUUAAUCCAGUUUACAGUCUCUUAGUAGAGGUUGGGGGGGGUGGGUAUUACAUUUCAGCCAAAAUGAUUCGCACUAGAUAAAUUGCUCUUAAGGACACUUGGGCGAGAUGCAAAAGGGUCUCAUUUAGUCAGUCCCUUUUGAAGAACUAGUAUUUGUUUGACAUGUACUUCUGUUCCUGUUUGGGUACUCUCAGGUGAAGCGGUACCCCCCCACGUCGCUUCCCUCAACUUCCUCAAAUGUCUUGACGGUUGUUUGGGUUCCGUCCACCUGACUGUGACCUAUUGGGAACAGGUCAUUUCACCAGUCUCGUUGCAUGAAAGCCAGUCUGUGUUCUGUUCCUGAGCGUUGUCUCGUCGCAGCCGGUGACGAGAUUCAGUCAACUUUGUGAAACCCAUUUGGCCAGUGAUAGAUACUUGAAGAUUUCCCCACCACCACAAUGAACUAUUCAGGCAGGAGGUGUAUCGGUUGGUCCAUGUGCAUUGGUUUGAGAGCAGAUUGAACAGUUUGAUUGCAGUUAAUGAUUGUGGAACCGAAGUCUUUUAUCCCAGUUUUGGGAAAGAAAUUCAUGGAGUAGUGUGCUUUUUUUUUUUUUUUUUUUUUAUUAAAAGAAAAAACUCAGGUGGGUCACCUUGAGGGAAAUUCGCUCCAUCCUGGAGAACUCCAAGUGAACAAUACUCACUGGCUUCUUAAUUCAGUGCACUUUUGUUUUGAUUUCAUGAAUGAUAUAGUAUUGUGGUGGUGUUAGGGGUCCAUUUAAGACUCUGUCGGGGGAGGGGUGAACUGUGUGUCGAUAAAUCUAUACAGAUGUUAAGUUCACUGUAAUGUUCUGUCUGCCUCUGGCACCCAGAUAACCAAUACAGAUUAAAUAAGUGAAUAAUAAAGAUGAAUACAACACUGAACUAUGGAAUAAAACAAAAUUAUAUAAAC